AUGUCUGCGCGCGCACCAGCACAGAAUGGAGGAGGGGCCACCACGGAUCUACCUUCCAGACCCAGAGGAGGCGGCCGAGGAAGAUCUCAAGGCCGGGGGCGGGGACGAGGCAGAGGCGGAAACAUGAAUGAUGGAGAGAACCCCCAGCACAAUCCAGGGGGGGCUCGGAAAGGAGGACGCGGAGGCCAGAACCAGAACCAGAACGGCGGCCAGAGGAUGGGAGCAGCUGUUGCCCUUGCAGAUGCCAACCCGAGACCAAGUCCUACGGACCCGGCGCAACUUGCUGCCAGAUACAAGCGGCCGGAAGCUGCAGAGGGGAAGAAUGGCGAGGAGGGUGUCGAUGCUGAGGUCUGCUUUAUCUGCGCGAGUGAGAUCGAGCAUGAGAGUAUUGCGCCUUGUAACCAUCGGACGUGCCAUAUUUGCUGCUUGCGGAUGAGAGCGCUGUAUAAGGAUCAGAACUGUGCUCAUUGUCGGACGCCUGCGCCUUUUGUGGUUUUUACGAACGACAAGACAAAGCGGUAUGAGGACUUUACGGACGCUGAUAUUGCCAGCGUGGACAAAAUCAAUGGCAUCCGUUAUGAAAGUACUGAGAUCGAGGGCGAUACUACGCUGCUACUGCGAUUCAAUUGUCCGGAUGAGAUCUGCGAUGUGGCGUGUAUCAGCUGGCCAGAUCUGCACCGCCAUGUGAGGGUAGCUCAUAAGAAGAAGAUAUGUGAUCUGUGUUCCAAGCAUAAAAAGAUCUUUACGCAUGAGCACGAACUUUACACGGACGCUGAGCUAUCCAAGCACAUGAAGAACGGAGACGACAAUCCAGGAGCGGUCGAUCAGAGUGGCUUCAAAGGACAUCCGCUGUGUUCCUUUUGUGGGACGAGAUUUUAUAGUGAUGAUGAGCUCUUUGUUCAUUGCAGAAAUUCUCACGAGAAGUGUCACGUCUGUGAUGAGCGAAGUGGUGGCGUGCCGCAGUAUUUCCUCAACUAUGAGGCUGUUUAUGCUCAUAUGGUUAAGGACCAUUAUGUAUGCAGAGAACCCGAGUGUCUUGAGAAGAAGUUCAUUGCUUUUGCUUCCGAGAUGGAUCUGAAGGGUCAUCAGUUAGAGGAACAUGCAAAUUCGCUGUCGAAGGAUGUCCGGAGAGAUGCUAGGACUGUGGAUAUCUCGUCUUUCGAUUACAGGGCACCUUAUGUUGAGGCGAGGAGGGGAGGUGGAAGUCAACGAGAGCAGAGAGAAGGAAGAGGACGCGGGAGAGGGAGAGAUCCGAACGCGGAGCCUAUACCUGCAUCGAGUGCUCAACCUUUGCGGAGAGAUGAGCAAGCAUUCCAGCGACAGAUGGCUAUCCAGAGUGCUCAGUCUAUUACACCGCGCACCUUUGGAGGCCAAUUGACUGCCAAUCCGACACCUGCUCAAUCUCGAGCACCAGCGCCUGCAGCGAUGACCGUACCACCACCAUCUAGGAACGUGGAAGCUGCAGUUCGGGCCACCAGCACCCCAGACACUCCUCAAGCCGGCACGACACCCCAAGAGCACGCUCGCGCCGCUCGACAUAGUGCUGUCAUCGAACGAGCAUCUACCCUACUCCAAAGCAAUACCAACAAACUUUCUCAAUUCCGCAACUUCAUCUCCUCUUUCCAGAAGAACGCUAUCGCGGCCCCAGCUCUCAUCGACUCCUUUUUCGCCCUCUUUUCAGACACACCACCUUCCGCCCUUGGUACCCUCAUUCGAGAAGUCGCAGAUCUCUUCGAGGACCCUGCCAAAGCUGCCGCUAUUCGCGCAGCUCACAGUAGUUGGCGUGCCGUCAACGAAGACUACCCCUCCUUACCAGCUGCAAGCAGCAGUGGCGGCGGCUCUAUACCACUCAACUGGGCCGUAACGACACCCAGCACUUCCUCCUCCGCAAAGCCCAAAACUAGUCGAGUACUAAAGCUUAAGUCUUCAACAGCCCAGUCAUCACGCUCCUCUGUCUCGCAAAAUAGGUCAUGGGGCACAGCUUCCAAAGCUUCUUCCUCAACGGCAGCAGCUUCAGCUUCUAGCUCGAACCCGUUCCCGGGCCUACCUUCCGCGGCAGCGAGGCCCAGCGCGCCUACUAGGACGGUCUCGACUGUCUCUUGGGCAGCGUCUUCUUCGUCGUCUGGGCCUGCGAGACCGACACCGCCGACGAGUAGACCAGUGAGUAGGAAUGUCGGUAAGGGAGAUAGUAGCGCGUUCCCCGCACUGCCGGCGGCUGCUAAGCCUAUGAGCUCGAUCUUUGGGUAUGGGAGUGGCAUGGUGAGGAGGGAUGCUGGCAUGGGGCCGAGCAGUAAUGCGUGGAGUGCUAGUAGCGAUGCGAGUGCGAGUGGAAGUGGAAGUGGAAGUGGCAGUGGGAAUAUGGUUGAGACGGAGCAGGGUGAAGAGGUGGGCGGGAAGGGGAAGAAGAAGGGGAACAAGGGGAAGAAGGUUAUGCUUUACAACUGGGGCUAA